CCGUGUAUAUAUAUAACAGGGCAAGCAUAUGCAGACAUACAUCGAUCGAUCAUGGCAUCCGAGGUAAGCAAGGUGAAGAAUGGCGACCAGAGCAACAAGAAACCGGUCUUCCACAAGUCGAUGGGCACAGUGGCAGGCCUGAGGAAGCUCCUUCCGGACGGCACCACGCUGGCCUUCGAGACGAUGGCGCCGGCCUUCACCAGGGGUGGCCAGUGCAACGACCACGACGUCAACUUCGUCUUCACCUGGUGGCUCGUCGGCUUCCUCACCGUUCUCUGCAUGAUACUCAGCUUCACCGACAGCUUCACCGACAAGGACGGCAACACCCACUAUGGGGUGGCCACACCCAAGGGCUUCAUGCUCUUCAACGGCGACCUCAAGGACCUGCAACUGCCGGACGACGAGCUCGAGGCUUUGAAGAAGCGAAUCAAGUGGAAUCGGCGGGACUUCCUGCACGCCAUCUUGAGGGCUGCCAUGUUCGUGGCCCUGGCCUUCUGCGACGCUGGCUUGCAGAGGAACGGCAUUGGUGAAGUCGGCGGCGGCCCUUCAUCGGACACGGACGGCGGCGGCCAUAAAGGGCCUGAGACGACCACGGCGAAGGAUACUCGGCGGCUUGUCGACAAGUCUGUGGGGAUUGCGGCGAGCCUGUCGAUGCUCCUGCCAUCCAGCGCCACGCUGGCCUUCGAGACGUUGGUUCCAUCCUUCACCAACGGCGGCGCGUGCAGCGACCACGACGUCAACUUUGUCUUCACCUGGGGGCUUAUCGUCUUCCUCACCGUGCUCUGUGGGCUUCUCAGGUUCACCGACAGAGUCGCCGACAUGUACGGCAACACUUACUUCGUGUUGGCCACCCGCAACGGCUUCAAGCUCUUCAGCCACGAGCGCAAGGACCUGCGACUAUCCGAGGACGAGCACGAGAACAGAAUGAAGUGGAAGGAUCUGAGAAGAAGAAUGAAGAGGAAGCCGCGGGACUUCCUGCACGCCUUCUUCAGCUCCGCGGUGUUCAUGGUCCUCGCCUUCUGCAACGCCGAAGUGCAGGCAUGCCUAGUCCCGACGGAGACGUGGCAGUGGAAGAAAUUCCUAGCCAUCUUGCCGCUGGCGGUGGGGUUCCUCGCCAGCUUCGUGUUCGUCAUCUUCCCCUCCACCAGGAAAGGCAUCGGCGAAGAAGACGGCUCUUGCGGCACAAAGAAACGCGGCGAUGCGGCAGCGGCACCCGGUGGAGGACAAUCGCCUCUCCAGGCCGCCAUGCCCAUGAGCAUUAUCCGAGUUGCUUCAUCGACCAGCUACCAACUCGAUCCAGUCGUCUGACAUGCAUGCAUGCGCCGCCGUCGAUCUCUGUGAAGCUGGUGUGGUAAUAAUAAAAGGUUGUUGCGUGCAUGCAUGUAUGAUUGUCUUGUUUAAAUAAAGCCUGCCGGAAUCGAUCA